GGUGGCAACGAUCGAUUUAAUACAACACAACUCUGCUGUUCGUUCUAACCUUAAAAGUGGCUAACAAAACAAAAAAGUUGCCUCGAAAUAUUUUGUUUUGCUAAUAUAUAAAUUACAUUUGUUCUAAAUAAGUAAAUAAAUAUGAAGCGAUGAGGGUGUGCUCGCGGUUGAAACAUUUUCAAAUAUAAAACUAUACAAGGCAACUAAACGUCCAUAAAAAUCAAACAGCAGAAGCAGCAGGACUGAGGCAACAAAAAAACAAAUACACAAAAAAGAACACACAAAUAAAUAAAUAAAAAAUUAAAGAAGCAGCAACAAGAAGAUACACACAUAAAGAAAGUGCUAAGUGCUAAACAAUGUUUAAGUUAAUAACAACUUUUGUUCGGUUCUUUUGAUGUGCAGAUGAUAUGAAAAAUGCUUUAAAUUACGAUUUUUCACUGCGUUCUCUCUGGCCAAGAGCUGCCAGAGGAGUUGCUUUGACUCCUACUCCUGCCACCUUAAAUCGCGAAUAUACUGAUGGAAUGUCCACAGUGAUUUAAGUAUAUAUACGUCCGCAAUUAAAACGUGAAUACACCAUCCCGUCUUCGUUGUCGUUGGAGGAUUUUGACGGAUCUUGACGCUGUUGAGAAAUGCAAUCAAAGACAAUCGCAACUACCACCUAACAAAAUCAGAUUCCGCGUCCGCGCCUGGUGCUACACCCACAAAAAACAAAAAACCACAUAACCGGCGACUGCAACUGCAACUGGAAUUGCUGUCGUCAUUAGCCUUGUUUAGCAUUUAGUUUGGUCUUUUUCGCCAUUGCCGUUUUCGUGCCUCUUCCUUGUUACAUUCUUUUGUUGUUUACGUUUAUUUGAACGUUAACGUUAACAUUUAUUGGCACAUUGUUGAACAUUUUAAGACCAUUUACUUGUGCAAUUCCCAAUUACUGAUAGUUAUAAAUUCUUCGUUGAGCAUUUAAAUCAAAAUGAAAACUUCCUCAUCGUAUUUGCCAUCAAUAUCACGUCCAGCCGCAACAGCAACUGCAACAAUAAUAAAAUUGCACCCGUCCAAACCCACCUCGUUAUCCCAUCAACGCAUUUGCUACGCACGAGGGCUAUAUACUAUCAACCGCAUUAAAUGAAAUAAAUUAAAUUACAAAUAAUUUAAAGAAAUUACAGUUUUUGGAAUCCCACGAUCUCCUUAAUAUCCACACAAUUUUAAUGCGAAUUACACAUGCCUUGUCUAACUGCCUUCCAAAUUCGCAAACGAAACACACCAAGAACAUCUUCCAUAUCCCAAAUAUUUGUAAAAUAUCUGGCGUUUGUGAUUUGUUAAAAGUUAAAAGUAAACCCUUGAUUGUAUUUAAACUUAAAGAUAGGUAUAGUUAAAAUAUUUAGCAACCACUUGAACAUCAUAAACGGCUUCAGUGUUGGCCCAAAAAAGAAACAAGCGAGCGAAUUUCAGAGUGGCAUGAGCCAUCCAUUGGGACUCCGGAAACAUGAUGAUAAUGAGUGUAGUGGGCCACGACCACCUGUACCCGGAGAAGAGAGCCGAGCUAAAAAGAUGACCGAAGGGGUAAUAGACACCUCAAAGAACUCACCGCCAUCUUAUCUGAACUGGGCCCGGACGCUUAAUCAUCUGCUCGAGGAUCGCGAUGGGGUGGAGUUGUUCAAAAAGUAUGUCGAGGAGGAGGCGCCCGCCUACAAUGAUCAUCUCAAUUUCUACUUUGCCUGCGAAGGUCUAAAGCAACAGACAGAUCCAGAGAAGGUCAAGCAAAUUAUUGGAGCCAUAUAUAGAUUCUUGCGCAAAAGCCAACUGUCCAUUUCUGAUGACUUGCGUACUCAAAUUAAGGCCAUCAAGUCAAAUGAGAUACCGCUCAGUCCGCACAUCUAUGAUCCGAUGCAGCAGCAUGUGGAGGCCACCAUUCGUGAUAACAUCUAUCCGAGCUUCCUAUGUUCCGAAAUGUACAUACAGUACAUUCAGCAAAUGUCGGCGGUGCAGGAACGUUUCAGCAGCAGUGGUGCCACCGCAUCGGGCAGUGCCGGCAGCAGUGGCAGCGCCGGCAGUUGUGGCAGCAACAAUGGCAGCAUUGCGGGCGCCUGUGCUCUGCCGACGGCAACAUCCAAACAGCUGUUGGUCACUACAGGCGUCCCAAUACCGCCGGGUGUCUUCAUCAAUUUGCCAGUGAAUAGCGGGAGUGCUUUACCAGCGGGCACUUGCAGUGCCAGCGGCAGCGUCUAUGGCCCGUCAACGUCCGCCAGUUCGAGUGGCUCCAUUAGUGCCACAGACACACUGCCACGCAGUUCAACGCUGCCCACGUUGCACGAAGAUUCCGAGUUAUCGCUCUGCGAUGAUUUCGAGAAGGUGCAAGUGGAGGGUGGUCGUGCCCAGAUCGAUUUUCCCAUGCGAUUGACGCGCGAUCUGUUAAUAGCAACUCAAAAAAGAAGACUGGAAAUUAGACCUCCCGGAGCUCAUGGUUAUGUGUAUACUGCGAGCACCAAUACAUCCUUUGUGCCCAACUCACGCGUUGAUUCGGAGAGAGCAAGCGUUAGCUCCGGCGGCCGCACCGACUCCGAUACCAUGUCACUGUCCAGUUGUUCAAUGGAUGGCCGACCUUACAUAGAGCGCAGACACAGCUCGACUGAGAGCAAGGCCAUACGCCAAAGCGCCAUGGCGAAUAGGGAAACCAACACGUUUCAGGUUAUACCUCGCACGCAACGAUUACAUUCAAACGAGCACAGACCGCUGGAGAACAGAGAGGAUGAGGAGCGUGCAGCCGUUUGAUUAUAUAGUGCAAACGAAAGAUGCUGAUCCUGUGCCAGUGAUCGUGCAUUUGCUGAGGCGAUACGAGAAAAGUUUGCAUUGGAUGAAGACAACGACCAAGACAUACUGGACCAGCAUGUGUCGCGGGUGUGGAAGGACCAAACGCCACAUCGCUCACCUGGCACAAUGUCACCUUGCCCGCCUAUACCAUCGAGAAGACGCACUGCAACACAUGACUCGGGCAUGGUCAGUGAUGGUGCGAUGAGCUUGAGUGGCCACUCAAUGAAGCACUCAAAGUCAAUGCCCGAUCCCAGUUCCUGCUCUAGGAAGCUAACGAAUAAAUGGCCUUCAAUGAACACAGACAGCGGCAUCAGCAUGUUCUCAGCUGAUACCGUCAUGAAAUACAAGGAGACUAGCUCCCGCUCUGGUUCAAGCACGGGCUCAAAAUUGGAGGAAGCAAAACGAAGACUGGAAGACGAGCCGCGUCGUGCUCGUCGAUAUGCCCAACCGCCGCUGCAGUCCCACAUGGUUCAACAGCAGCAGCAGCCCCUAGCCUCCUUCAGCAGUAGCAGCAGCGGCACCCUGCAUCAUCAAGCAGUGGCGGGUCCACCGCCCCUGCCGAUUAAGCCGCCAGAAACCGUAGUGGUAUUUUUAUUCUGCGAAGAACCAGUUCCUUACAGAAUUAAAAUACCCGGUACUCAGCCGACCCUGCGCCAAUUUAAGGACUAUCUGCCCAGAAGGGGCCACUUCAGAUUCUUUUUCAAGACGCAUUGUGAAGAUCCAGACAGUCCAGUGAUUCAGGAAGAGAUUGUUAACGACUCCGACAUACUUCCCUUGUUCGGAGACAAAGCGAUGGGUCUUGUCAAACCAUCCGAAUAAUAUUAAGAAUAAAGUGUAGAUUUUUUAUUAAGAUAAAUUAUGAAUGGGGUCAUAAUGGUGUAUGUACAUCUUAGAGAUACAAUUUCAGAAGCUAUUCCCAAGAAAUCAAAACUUAAAUAGAACUAAACUGUACAUUCAAUAGGCUUUUGCAAGCAUCACAAACUAUUGUACGGAAUGGGGAAGGGGAUCGGGGCUUGGGAACGGAAAGGGCUUGGGGGAGUAAUGUGUUUCAUAAUUUCGUCCUUUAACAUCUGAAGGUAUUUUUUUUUAAAUAUUCAUACAACAUAAUUAAAAAACAAUUAUGUCCACGUUAAAUUUACAUAAAUGUAUGUGCGAUUAUUUGUGUAAUAAGUCGAGUAACACGAAUUGUACACAUAUAUAUAAUUUGUAUUUGUAUGUUUUUUCCUAUCAUAUAAACUCAACGAAUUGGAAAGAUAAUUUAAUCCGAAGUUCGUUUCCCCGUACCGUUUAAUAAGACUCAGAACACGUAAUAGAAAUGAUUGAGCAUAGCACAAAAAAGAAUAUUUAAUUCAAAGAAAGUAUAUGUAAAGAAAGUUCUUUGGGUAUUCCUGAAUUCGGAUUUGUUUGUUACUUUGUACUAACUAUGGACUGCCUGCAAUAAAUUUUGUUAAUAUUUUUA